GCAGGGCGCAUGCAGACCAUCAGGCUGUGUGCUUUCCGAGCCGGGGACUAAUUUCCAGCCCCGCACUUGGGUCUGGGUAAACAGCACCGCCCCGGUGCUUGUUUGUUAUAAGUGUGGAGCGAUCCAUCGCGGAGCGCCGGGCUCGAUUGACACUGUCUGCUGAUCUGCUUGCUGCGGAUUGCUCUGAAUAACAAGGCUGCUCGCUAAUUCCCGUCCGCCGGGGCUUCCUCCGAAACACCGCCGGAGUACGGUCCAAAAACAGCCAGCGAGGCAGGCAGCGACGCCGCGCCGCCGGGCUCCGCACCUCACCAUGGCUUCGGGAGACCUUUACGAGGUGGAGCGAAUCGUGGACAAGAGGCGAAACAAGAAGGGUAAGUGGGAGUACCUGAUUAGGUGGAAAGGUUACGGAAGUAAGGAGGACACAUGGGAGCCGGAGCACCAUCUACUGCACUGCGAGGAGUUUAUUGACCAGUUCAACAGCUUGAGACUGCACUCACACAAACGGCCCAAAGUCCCAAAAACCCACGGGGAGCCCCUCAGCAGCAGCUACCCCGCGGCAACAGACAACUCCAGAGCCCGGUCCGAGGCGCGGAAGAAGAAAAGGUCUUUUGGCCCGGCUGUGGGGGUCAGAGCAGGAGGAGUUCCCGCCAUUGGGAGUGGAGCGUCGGGGCCGACUCAUAAGCAGAGGAAAGUGGGUUUAGGACCGGGAAAACACGCUUUAGGGGACAAGAUAAGAAAAACUAUGACAUACAAGGCUCCUCCAGCAGGAGGACCGCAUUUUGUUCCCCCACUGAGAGUUCCUCAUAACGGGCUCCAGAACGGAGAGACGGAGCCCAUUGUGUACAGGACGGCGGCCAGGUCGCACAGACUGCCGUCGGACAGAGCGGAAGGAGAACCGGGACACACGGAGAGCGCCGGACAGCAGUUCACCCCUGAACUAGGCUCCCCUCUCGCUAAUGGAAAGAUGCAUCUGCACAGCUCAGUAAAGCGGAAGCUGGCCGAGGAGAAGGGCUACGUGUUUGACAAGCGGCUCAGGUACAACGUGCGACAGAACGAGAGCAACUGUCGAUUUCGAGACAUCGUUGUCAGGAAAGAGGAAGGCUUCACCCAUGUCCUGCUGUCCAGCCAGACAACGGACAACAACGCUCUGACACCAGAGAUCAUGAAGGAGGUCUGUCGAGCUUUGGGGAACGCAGCUGCCGAUGACAGUAAGUUACUGCUGCUCAGCUCUGUGGGGACCGUCUUCUGCAGCGGCCUGGAGCCAUCCUAUUUGAUCGGGCGUCUGUCCACCGAUCGCAGAAAAGAGAGCAGCCGCAUCGCCGACGCCGUUCGGGACUUUGUGUUGGCAUUCAUCCACUUCAAGAAACCCAUUGUGGUUGCAAUAAACGGGCCGGCGCUGGGCCUGGGGGCGUCCAUCCUGCCGCUGUGCGACGUGGUGUGGGCCAGUGAGAGGGCCUGGUUUCAGACGCCAUGCGCCGCGCUUCACCUCACCCCCUCCGGAUGCUCCUCCUACACCUUCCCUCAGAUACUGGGCGUCGCUCUGGCCAAUGAGAUGCUGUUCUGUGGAAGAAAGCUCACGGCUCAGGAAGCCUGCAGCCGAGGGCUGGUGUCGCAGGUCUUCUGGCCAACCACAUUCAACCAGGAAGUGAUGCUUCGAGUGAAGGAAAUGGCGUCAUGCAAUGCCCUGGUUUUAGAAGAAUCCAAAUGCCUGGUGAGGAGCAUCCUCAUGUCCGUUCUGGAGGAAGUGAACGAGAAGGAGUGCCAGAUGCUGAAGCAGCUGUGGUGUUCAACCAAAGGUCUGGAGGCGCUCUUCAGUUACCUCCACAACAAGACGCACGAGAAGUGAUCCUCCACGCACUGACGGCCCGGGCCUGGCCGCGCGGGUCUGAAGCUACCUAUGGAAGGACGACAACUAUGCUGUGAUCUCAAAGUGCAUUAUGGGUCUUUGUUUGCAUCCGUCGGCUGAGUGGAUUCUCUUGAUCCCUGUUUACUUACAGUUCAAAUUCCGUCUUGUUUUUGUAAAGCAGCUUUUCUACGGGGCUCCCUGAAGUCCACAUGUCCAUCCUCUACAUUGAAACGGUCUCAGAGCAAAGGGCCAAAUGAGCAUUGCUUCAACGCAGGGAGGCGCAGCGUUUCUCUGUAUCUAUGUGACGCUGAAUCAUCAGGAUGUCUGAAUGCACAUGAUAAAGUGAUAAUAAUAUAUAUGAAUUUAUAUUUAUUUCUAGCGUGUAGAAGAGUCGCUCUCUGUACAUGCAUUUUGGAGGAUUUCUUUUAGUUGCCUGUUUUAUUUGUGUGUGUGUGUGUGUGUGUGUGUGUGUGUGUGUGUGUGUGUGUGUGUGUGUGUGUGUGUGUGUGUGUGUGUGUGUGUGUGUGUGUGUGUGUGUGUGUGUGUGUGUGUGUGUGUGUGUGUGUGUGUGUGUGUGUGUGUGUGUGUGUGUGUAUAAACCAAAGUUUGCAUGAGGACUCGGCUUGCUCCUUAACAUGCACAUUCCCUUUUGUCUUGAUGGACUGAAGCAAACCCUCCACACUGGAGAUUCUCAUCCAGUGAUGCAUUUUUAUUUGACGGUAAAAGAACGUACAAUCUGUCUGGGUGAUUGCAACAAAAAAAUUGACACUUUUUUUUUUUAAACACUUUGAUUUGUUCUUUAUACUGUAAAAAAAAAUCUAAGUCACUGUGCAGAAAUUUACUUUUCCAGUUAGUGCAUCUUCAUUAGCAGUUAACGAUAUUCUUCUGUUUAGUAAAACAAAGCUGUCUGAUUUUGGAAAUGUCUUUACAAUAAUGUUUGAUUCUUUUUAACACGCCAUAAAACAGACCAGCAGUCAGAACCUUUCAUUUACUCGGAGAUAAUCUGCUUGACAUCUAGAUUUUAAUGCCAAGUAAAACACAUUUGAUUUUUAUUUGCAAGUUUAAAAAAAAAUAAUUGGGUAAAAGUGUCAUGUGUAGAAUAGCACUAAAUAUAUGGGAAUAAAUAAGGAGAUGGCACAUAUCACAGGAGAUAAAAGAAGAUUAACUGCAUCCCAUCUCGUACUGUGAUGGUUUGCAUGACAUGGUUUCCCGUUUUCAAUGCAGAUUGUAGCUGUGUGAAACGUGUGUCUGUUUUUAUUUAUUCAACUUUGUUUCCUUCCUUUUUUUCAAGAAAACCAGAUGAUUAUGUUCAUAAAACCUUACAGCUAUAUUUCUUAGUUGUGUGUUCAUAGGGCUCACUAAACGCACCAUGUCCUCAGUGUUGUCGGUGAACAAUAUUGUGACAUUGAAACUUUUGUGUCACUGGAGUCGACCCUGUCCUUACCUGCAUGUGGUAACUCUAGAUUUCAAUACGUUUUAUAUUGCGAUGUGUAUCAUAUUUAGGGAUCUAUUUUGUUUUACCAAAAUGUAAAUGUGUGUAGGUCUGUGUAAAUUGUUUUGUAAAACUUGUCCCUUUUUGCAGUUAUACACAUGCAGUACAGAAUAAUAUUAUAUAUGUAAAUGUAGAUUGUUUUUCUGUAACUACUUGCAUGUAAUAUACUGUAUAAAUGUGAUGGCUGUCUUAAUACCUUGUGCUCCAGGGUAUGUUUUGUACCAGCAUUGUAAGUAUUGUUAGAAAUGUUGCCGUUUAUUUUUGUAUUUAUUUGAAGGAACUGGUUGUGCAGUGCCAUGUGGUUUCCUUUGCUCCUCUAAUCACACUUUCUAAAUUAAACUUUGAUGAGCAACCUGUGUCGGCACCGAAUUCUAAUACCAAAAUCCAAACACUAUUGUCGCACAAAAGUUUACUUUUGAAAGCACCAACGUCAGAGUAGCCUUUUGCUUUAAAUCAUUCAGAGGCAUGUUAAAUAAUUUGGAAUAUUUGAUGUUUUAUUUAGAUUCAUCACUAUAAAUUAUAAUUAUACCUGAGCCCUGGAGAACUUAAUCUCUGUCCUUAUUAUUCGCAUACUCAAAAUAUUUGCAGACUGAUUUGUGGGGUUUUUUUUCCAGUGAAUCUACUCCCUGUAUUCACUCCAAUUUUAUUUAUCAGUCAGUAAAAACUAGCUUCUGUCCCCAGUGUCUGAUUUUGUCAGGAGAGGUGGCGACUUGCAGUGCAGCUUCUGUAAAGCGUCGCAAAUUAUUCAGGUCUGCUGAAUGUUAAUUACACUGAUCCUCUGAAACAGGGGGUUUUAUGUAUUUAUUCAUUUAUUUAUUUUAAAAUUUUCCUCUGUGUGCAACCUAAAGUAGAAGAAGCAUGUUGCUUUGAGAAACACUGAUUCGUCUCCUGGAGUCCAGAUGGAAAUCACCACCUGAGCGUGUUUCAGGUUUACUUGAUCGAGGAGUGUCUAAAAUCAAAAAUCUUCUGUCAGAUAUUUAUUAUAAACAACAAAUCUUUAGUCACAUUUCUGUAUUUUUCUUUGCUCCUCACCACUGCAACCUGUGUGUAUUUACAAAUUCAUCCUUUUUUCCUUCCCUGCAUCGUCUGAAAGCACACCUUAGGGUGCCUUAUAGUUUAAAUAUCUGUCAAUCAUUGAUCAAUACAUCGUGAUGGGUCGAGUGAUGUGCUUCAAAUAAAUUAU